AUGUUUCAGUCCUCUUACCAGUUGGAUGAGACUCAUGUAUUGUUAGCUAAUCAGGCAGAGUAUGAAGCCUUAAUUAUUGGUUUGGAGUUGGCAAGGAGUAUGAGAAUUCCAUACUUGAAAGUCUUUGGGGAUUCACAGUUGGUGAUAAGGCAGGUGAUAGGCCAAUAUAGAUGCAACAGUGCAGUGCUAGGAGAGUAUUUAGAGCAAGUAUUGCAACUGGUCAAAGGUUUUGAGACAGUAGAGUUUGAACACAUGCUUAGACUUGAGAAUAAAGAGGCCAAUAAGAUGGCCCACUCAACCUCUAGUUUGAGAAUUCCAAAUGGUUUCCAGGAAAGAAUAGUUAGGAUUCAGAAAAGAACAAUGCCUUGUGUUAGGUGUCAACAGUUGCAAGGCUUGUCAAUAUUGACUUUGGAAGUGUUAGAGGAUAAUUGGAGGUCACCUUUGAUCAAGUAUUUGAGUGAUCCAGAAGCAAAAGUAAAUAGAAGGAUAAAAUAUCAAGCUAUGAAUUAUGUCAUUAUGGGAGAUGACUUGUUCAGAAGAAACCAAGAUAGGUUGUCAUUGUUAUGUAUUAGAGGGUUAGAAUAG